CGGUGAUGUAUCUGUAGCUAAAAAAAGAGUGCAUUGAUCACGUGCAAAAACGCAUGGGUACUCGGCUAAGAAAUUUGAAGAAAAAGAAGCACGGUCUGGGAGGAAAAGGCAAGUUAACGGGUAAACUGAUUGAUGAAUUAGCAAUUUAUUACGGCUUAGCAAUCAGAAGAAAUUCUAAUUCAAUAGAAAAAAUGAAGCAACAAAUAUGGGCAACGCUAUAUCAUAAGAUCUCGACGGAUGAACGACCUCAGCACGACAAAUGCCCGAGCGGUGCCAACUCGUGGUGCACGUGGCAAAUAGCAAAAGCUACACAAAAAUUAGAAGAAUAUAAACAUAAACCGGCGAUGUCAACAGAGGUUUUUGAAGCCAUCAAACCAGUGUACACAGAUUUAAGUUCAGAUGAUUUGCUCAAUCGUUGCUUGGGUGGAUUUACACAGAACAGCAACGAAAGUUUUAAUUCCACCAUGUGGUUGAUCGCACCGAAGAGUUCAUCGAGCAGUAAAAGAGUACUUGAUCUUUGUGCUGACAUUGCCGUGUGUCAAUUUAAUGAUGGAAUUUGCAGUAUUAUGCAAAUAAUGCAAGUUCUGGACAUUUUGGUGGGCCCAAACUGCUACAAUUUUUAUGUCGAGGCCGAUGCACUCCGCAUCAAGCUCUCCACACUGAGAGAAAUAUUUUAGUUAUCAGAACAAAAACGUGUUUGUUACUUGCUGAUUUGGUGAGGAAAGAAAUCGAUAAGUUGCUGUUGCGAAUAAUUUUUCGUUAUUUGACAUUUGAACAUAUCAUAUAUUGUCUGCGAUACAAACCACAUUAGUUCUUUCUAUCUGUUGGACAUACGAAAUACAUUGUAAAUAGAACUUAUAACAUCAGUAACACCAACAAAUAUAACGAAAACCGUUGGCAAUAAUGGAAGAGCUCUACUUGAGUGUUCGUUUGUUGAAACAAAUGAAUAGCUCGCGUCCGUGGCGCGAUCGUGAUUGUUGACGGUUAGGUUAGGUUAGGUUAGGUUAGAUUGACGGUGCCUGGGCAACGUAAGGCAGAGUGAGAUAGUUGUUCCUAACGUGCUUGUGCUGUGCUGAUUUUCUAUGUGAAAAAUUACAAAUAUGGGAGAAGAUCUGGUAUCUCAACGGCUGAAGCAUUGGGGUUUCAGUGCGGAAGUCAUACAAACAUUCAAAGGUAAGGAAAAUAUCUAUUUUUAU